AUGAGCAAAGUUGAAGAGGAACAAAAUCAGGAACUUUUGACAGAAGAUCAACUGGUAGUGAGAUGUGUGGAAUGUUUUGAUGUUGACGAGGAAGACGAGGUGGAUGAUAUUCAAUUCGCACAUGCCUUGUUUUUGAGUCAUCAAUGGUUGAGUGAUAGUCUUUCUCUCAUCACACAUUUCGUCAAUUUCUAUCAGGAGUCCCGAAACGUUGAGCAACGGGAAGCAGUAUGUCGUGCAGUCGCAUUCUGGAUCGAAAAGUUCCCAAUGCAUUUCGAUGCUCAACCGCAAGUUUGUGCUCAAGUCGUCCGACUGAAAACUAUUGCAGAGGAUGUGAAUGAGAGUAUUCGGAAUGGGUUGGACGUAAGCUCAUUGCCAUCGUUCGCUUGGCUUCGUGCUGUGUCUGUAAGAAAUCCGCUUGCUAAGCAGACAAGUGUUCGGGUCGGUUUUGAGACUCUUCCAACUCCAGGCACACCUCCACCAUUCCCGAUUGCUCAUAAAUUUUCACUAACUGCAUUCUCUUUGUCGUUUGUUCAAGCAUCGGCUAGUGACAUUUCCACGUCACUUUCUCACAUCGACUACCAUAACCGAACUAAAGCAAUAUGUGAAGACGGACAUUUGAGAUCGUGUCCAAUGCUGGAAAGAAGUAUUUCGGUUUUUAAUAAUCUUUCCAACUGGGUGCAAUGUAUGAUUCUGAACAAGACUACCCCAAAAGAACGAGCCGAGAUUCUUGUCAAGUUUGUCCACGUGGCAAAGCAUCUCCGGAAAAUCAACAAUUUCAAUACAUUGAUGUCGGUGGUCGGAGGAAUCACACAUUCUUCUGUGGCACGCUUAGCCAAGACUUAUGCGAUUCUGUCAAAUGAUAUUAAAAAGGAAUUGAACCAAAUGACGACUCUGCUAUCUGCCAAUCACAAUUUUAGUGAAUACCGAAAAGCUUUGGCAGCAUGCAACAAGAAAUUCAGGAUACCCAUUAUAGGUGUUCAUCUAAAAGAUCUCGUCGCAAUCAAUUGCUCAGGAGCCAACUUUGAAAAAACCAAAUGUAUCAGUAGUGAGAAAUUGGUGAAGCUCGCAAAAUUGCUGUCAAACUUUUUGGUUUUCAAUCAGAAGGAACAUAAUCUACCUGAGAUGAACAUGGAUCUUAUCAAUACGCUGAAGGUGUCACUGGAUAUCAGAUAUAGUGAUGAUGAUAUCUACGAGUUAUCAUUGAGAAGGGAACCAAAGACUUUCAUGAAUUUCGAGCCAUCGCGAGGAGUCGUUUUCGCUGAAUGGGCAUCUGGAGUUUCCGUGGCUCCUGACAAUGCGACCGUCUCAAAACACAUCAGCGCCAUGGUUGACGCCGUAUUCAAGCACUACGAUCACGAUCGAGACGGCUUCAUUUCUCAGGAAGAAUUCCAACUGAUUGCUGGAAAUUUUCCAUUUAUUGAUGCCUUCGUAAACAUUGACGUGGAUAUGGAUGGUCAGAUUUCUAAAGAUGAAUUGAAGACUUAUUUUAUGGCUGCUAACAAGAAUACGAAGGAUCUGAGAAGGGGAUUCAAACACAAUUUCCAUGAAACGACAUUCCUAACACCAACAACUUGUAAUCAUUGUAAUAAGCUACUAUGGGGAAUAUUGAGACAAGGAUUCAAAUGCAAGGAUUGCGGAUUGGCAGUUCACAACUGCUGUAAAUCGAAUGCAGUGGCUGAGUGUCGACGGAAAAGUAGUAGUAAUCUGACAAAAGCAGCUGAAUGGUUAUCAUCGCCACGUGGAAGUGUCAGAAGUAAACUAUUCAGUACUUGCAAAAGGUCUUCUCGUCCUCGUACAGUAUCUGCUGUUGCCACCUCACCAACCACUGAAACUGCAAAGCCAACAUGCUCCGCCCGUUUGAAUCCUACACCUACUCUCAAAGAUAUCCGUCCACAAUCGGAGAGCACAGAAUACUAUCACUCUGGCAGUACACCAGAUGAAGAAGUUGGUCUCGUCAGUUUGGCUUGUGAAGAAGUUUUCGAAGACGAUGAUCUUGCUGACAUCUCAUCUGCAUCAUAUCGUACCGCCUGA